AUGUUUCCCCCACUCAUACCGUCCAUCCGACUUUCUCAAACCCUACCUCUCCAUCCCUCUCUGUUGCUCCCUCCUCCACCCUCUCAUACCAUCCCUGCUUUGCCCUCUUUUUUAAUUCACUCCCUCCUUGUCUAUCUCUCCACGACUACCUCCUGGGAGGUCCCCGUCUCCCUGGAAAAGUUUCCCUGCAUAGCCCAUUCCCUUCCCUCUCCUCAUCCCCUGCAGCUCCCUCCUCACUUGCUAUUCUUCCUCCUUGCAGCUCCAUUCCUCACUUCCUAUUCCUCCUUGCAGCUCCAUUCCUCACUUGCUAUUCCUCCCCGCAGCUCCCUCCCUCACUUGCUAUUCCUCCCUGCAGCUCCCUCCCUUGCUUGCUAUUCUCCCUGCAGCUCCCUCCCUUGCUUGCUAUUCCUCCUGCAGCUCCCUCCCUCGCUGCUAUUCCUCCCGAAGCUCCCUCCCUCACUUGCUAUUCCUCCCUGCAGCUCCCUCUCUUACUUGCUAUUCUUCCCUGCAGCUCCCUCCCUCGCUUGCUUUUCUUCCUCCUUGCAGCUCCAUUUCUCACUUGCUAUUCCUCCCUGCAGCUCCUUCCCUCACUUGCUAUUCCUCCUUGCAGCUCCCUCCCUCCACUUUCUAUUCCUCCCUGCAGCUUCCUCCACACUUGCUAUUCAUUCCCCCUUGCAGCUCCCUCCCUCACUUGCUAUUCUUCCCUGCAGCUCCCUCCCUCACUUGCUAUUCAUUCCUCCCUGUAGCUCCCUCCCUCGCUUGCUAUUCCCCCUGCAACUCCCUCCCUCCCUCACUUGCUAUUCCUCCCUGCAGCUCCCUCCCUCGCUUGCUAUCCCUCCUUGCAGCUCCAUUCCUGGCUUGCUAUUCCUCCCUGCAGCUCUCUCCUCACUUGCUAUUCAUUCCUCCCUGCAGCUCCCUCUCACUUGCUAUUCCUCCCUGCAGCUCCCUCCCUCGCUUGCUAUUCUUCCCUGCACCUCCCCCCUUACUUGCUAUUCCUCCCUGCAGCUCCCUCCCUCACUUGCUAUCAUUCCUCCCUGCAGCUCCCUCCCUCACUUGCUAUUCAUCCCUCCCUCCCUCCCUCCAUCCCCCUUCACAUGCUGCCCUGCAAUUGAUACAGGAAAGAACACGCUUGCAAGCACGUCUUUCAAGUCGCAGCAUAUUUUGGAGACCAUGGAGAGUGAUGGCGAGGGUCUUAGUACUCAGCUGCACAUAAAGAAAAGGGUGGUGAUUGUGGGGGACGAAGAUUUCACCAAAUACUCAAGUCAAUCUCUCUAUGGGCGCGCGUGUUCUUCCUUCGAGGACAGGCCGGUUUAA